AUGGAUACCCUGACCUGGAAUUACCCAACAUCCGGGCCCCAUUAUGAUCUGCUGGGGCCCAGCACGUAUCCCGCGGCAGCUGUUUCUCAACUUGAAUUUGCACCAUUUUAUCCAGAGCAUGCACCUGCUGGAUCAGGUUCGCAUGAUCUCAGUGCCCUAUCACGCACUGGAAUGCUUUCGCAGCCUGCAAACCACCAGGUACCUCUGACUGGUAUACAACAAACAACCACACAACUUGCUGGUCAAGCUGCACCUAUGUGGAAUAGCAAUAUGCAAACUGACCCUGUCACACAGCCGAAUCCUGUACCGGCGCCCGCAGCUAUACAAACGCCUACUAUUAAUGUAUCUGACGCCAGUCAAUCGUCACGUAACCAAGAUUCAUUGGACAUGAUGGGCAUUUCGGGCGAAACCCCAUCGUCUUUAAAAGCCUCCCUACAUACAAAUGCGAUUGACUUGGAGGCUUCGAGAGAUGCACAGAUGAAUCCAGCCGUGGCCAACUUUUUUCAUCCAGAUCCCUCCAUACCCAACAAUGUAUCCAAUACGGCGGGGAAAAGCGCUGCUACGGAUACCAAUUCCUUUCCGUUCGAACAUGCACGCCGACAAAAUUCAGCUAAUUUGAAGGGAUUUUUGAAGCUGGAUGUCAAUAUGGGCUUUAUGGGGGAUAGUAAAAUGGAGUCUCCUACAACGAUGCUUCAGCCAGUGGUGGGAUGGAAAAAAAGGCGCUCCGUAUCGGAUGUUGGUCCGCGCACGCCUUCUAUGCUAGGACCCUCGGUGGACGCUUUAACUUCUCCCAUCGAUGAUUUGUCUUAUUUGGUCGAUUCUUUGAGUAAUCGUCCGCAUCCUAAUAAAGACCACAUGUACCUGGCACCUACGGAUGAGCAUGACUCGGCUCUCAACUUGGAGUCUCUCAACCUUGAUGCAGACGAGCAGUCUGCGCCGCAAGUAUCGUCCCAGGCGGCUAUGCAGAGCCCGGCUGGGACAAACCAUGAAAAAUCUCAAACGACUGUAUUGGAACCAACUCUUAAAGAUCCUAUGCAGUCGAAUUCAGCCGGGGAACUCAACCUAAAUACCAUAUUUAUCCAAGAGGCACCCGAUCCUCAGUCUCUGAUGGAUCAGUCGUUGGCUAGUGCAUUGACGGAUCAAAAUUUGUAUGGACCUUGCUUGGACGAAGCUAAAGAGAGCAGCUCCACUGGACCUAUCCGAUCUUGCACAAGUGGACGGAGUUCCCGUUCUGUGAGUCCUUAUCAUGCAUCGACCCGUAGCAUGACGCCUGAAUCUGAGAGGAGUUUGGAUGAAAUGGUCCAGAUCGAGGCAGCCACUCGUAUGUCGCAGUGGCGUUUCCCGCUCAAUCCUGGUCACUCACACAAGAACGAUACGUUGCACCCAUUCGAUGCCUAUAACUACUCUGGCACGGGAUCGACGCCGCUGCAGGGGGGGGUGCGGUACCCUUCGAUGAAUGCACGGCGUCAUAUGCGAGCUGCUAUUUCGGAAGAUUUUCGUGGUCAUGGGAAAUUGGAUUACAUGGGCGCAUGGGGGAAGUCUUUGGACCUGACUCGGCAGGAUCAAGCAUUGUUCAACAAUAUGUUUAUGGGGAAUGAUCUGCAUGCGGGGUCCGUGGGGAUGAUGCGAUGUGCUUCUUCGCCUAUCAAGACGGUGGGUGCAUCUCCCAUUAUGGCGGACCCGUUGGCGAGUCCAAAUGCUAUGACUCCCUCUUCUCUGGGUGUAUCUGUGGAGACGCUUGGUCCAAAGCAGCCAGUUGGUGAAAACCAAUUAAAGCGUGCUAUGGAGAGCAGCCUGUCUCAUACCAGGAUGAAAUCAGAGUCUUCGGAGAGUGCGAUGCAAAUGGCAGCACAGACGCAUACACCUGUGGUUACGACAACUGCAGCGCAAGCAGCAUCGGCCUCGAGGCGGAAGGCAGAAGCGCUCUUCACUUGCCCAUUUCCAGACUGUGGCUCCACAUUCACGCGGCAGUAUAACCUUCGGGGUCAUAUGCGCUCUCAUAUGGACGAGCGACCUUUCAAGUGUGAGUGGCCCGGAUGUGGUCGAAGCUUCGCGCGAACUCAUGAUUGCAAGCGGCAUCAUAAUUUGCACUUGAACAUUAAACCUUAUCAAUGCGAAGGAUGCGGCAAGACAUUUGCGCGAUUGGAUGCACUAAAUCGCCAUCAUAAGAGUGAAGCAAGCACAUGCGGUGUCAAAGCGAGUGAGCUGAAAACGAACGUGUAA